UGAUGCCAAGCGUUAUCGUCUGCUUUCUCCUUUUGGGCGCUGCUGCUACUGCUAAUUUUCGGGAAGUCGACUUACUUCCUAGAGAAGAAGGGUUUCUUUGCUAUUCCUGCAACUAUGCUGCCUACGGCAUAACAACUUAUUUCAACACUUUCAAGGAGUGUUCCGACCCAUACAGAAACAGUCACGUGGUGUCAACAGUAAGAUGUUCCACUGCUUGCUUCUCACGCCAUGACAAGAACGGAUUUAUCUACCGAGGCUGUUUCGCUGGUAACCUGAACGUCGACGCCAGCCAAGAUGGCUGCGGAAGCCAAGAAGGAGCCAACUGGUGCUUCUGUCGUGGCAACCUCUGCAAUGACGUCAUCCCCCAUGCCACCUGUCCUUUCAAGGGGAUUGGUCACCGCCACAAGCGCUGUGUUUGUGAACCCCCCAGAAUUGCUGGGGCAGCACCGGCGUGUUAAAGUUAGAUUCAAGCAUUGAAAUUUGAGUUACAUUCCCUCCGACAUGGUUUUACCUUUUGUGCCGCGCGUAACGCCCGAGUGUCACUUAGUGUAAAAGAGUUGGAAGAGUUGGAAAUUGGAAUAUAGAUAAAUAGAAAAAACCAAUGUAGGCAAAAUAAU